AGAGGUUUUCCAAAGGGGGUCCCUCGAGCUGUUGGGGGAGUCAGGACAUCCCCGCCGCGGUCUCGGACAUCCCACAGCGGACUGACACACACACAUAGGCUUUAUUUUUGGCAUCCCAGAUUCUCCAGCCGAACAACCAGGCCAACACCCAGAGGGCGCUGAGACCUCGGUGCGGGAUGCUCUGCUAGCAGCCGUGGUGGAAGGACGACGACGUCAGCCCAAGUGCUCAGGCCACCCAGUUGUCACUCUCCUGUGCCUGUAGCUGAUAACAGCCAUGUCAGCCCAAAAGGACAGAUGGGUUUCCUCCUUCUCUUUCCUGCUCUUUUGUGCUUCCUCCAUCCCAACGCAUGGAAGUGCGAUGGUGCUGCAGGAGCUGAGCCCCCAGCGAUAUUUCAGUGCCUUGCAAGCCGGCAGAGCAUCCCUAGCUUAUUUCAGCCAUAAUGCUUCACCUGGUGCCCAGCCCUUCUUGCAGCAGAUUGAGAACUCAGCUGAGGCUCUCCAGGACUAUGGCAUUUCAGUGGUGAAGGUUAAUUGUCCCAAAGAGGAUGUCUCAAGAUACUGUGGAAAAGAAAAUGCAUUAAGGAAAGCCUACCUGUUCAGAGGUAACAUGCUAAUCAGAGAGUUCCCCACGGAUGCCUUGUUUGACGUGGACUCCAUUGUUGCUAACGUUUUGUUUGCCCUGCUCUUUAAUGAAGUUAAAUACGUUGAAACACUGGCAGAUCUUCAGAACAUUGAAAAUGCCUUGAAAGGGAAGGCGAACAUGGUCUUUGCCUAUGUACCAGCUACUGGGACAGCAGAGCACAGAGCUGUGAUGGAGGCGGCUUUUGUCUAUGGGACUGUCCACCAGUUUGUUUUGACAACUGAGGCAACACUGUUGAAAGACAGUAGCACUGAUGAGCCUGAUGUGUCAUCGGCCUCGCUGGUGUUCUGCCACUGCCAGCGGGCAACAGACCUGGUGCAGCCCUGCAGGAGGACAGCCAUGGAGCAAGCUCUGACAAUGCUCAAUAUUCACAGGCACCUCAAGCUCAUGGGAGCUCCUCUGGUGACAGAGGUUGCUGAGGACCCAGAGAAGGUUUCUACCGUUCACUUACAGCUUGGGCUACCACUUGUGUUCAUUCUCAGCCAGAAAGAGACCUACGAGGCUGACAGGAGGACAGCAGAGUUUGUGGCCUGGCAGCUCCUGGGGAAAGCAGGAGUUGCCCUUUUGUCCAGGGACCCUUUAGGUUUGAAUGUUCUGCGCCGGUCAAACAUUGCGCUCAAGACGCCAGAUGAGGGAGUGCCAAUCAAAUACUUGCUCUUGGAAGACACUGAUGAAGUUAUAACCCUGGUGAAAGAUAAGAACAAGGUCAAACAAAUCCAGGAGGAUGAGGGGGAAGAGGAAGAUGAGGAUGAAAAAGAGAAUAAUAACCAAGACAUUCAGGAUGAUGAGGUGGUGGAAGCAGUUUCCAGGGACAAGAAGCGAGAGCUGGCCCUAGAGCAGAUCCGUGUCCUGACAGAGGAAACCUUCCGCUCUGCUCUCCUGGAGACUGCCCGGACAGUGGUGCUGUUUUAUGCCAGCUGGGAGUCAGUGUCCCUGGCAGUGCUGAGGUCUUACACAGAGGUGGCUGAUCAACUGGAAGGAACUCAGGGGGUUUUGCUUUCUCGGGUAAACUGCUGGGACUGGCCUGGCAUUUGCACAGAAGAGAACAUCACUCAAUUUCCUACUGUUAAGAUUUAUGAGAAGGGAGAGAGAUCAGUGAUAUACGAUGGCAUGUGGGGAACCAAAGAACUGACCAGUUUCAUCAUGCUGAGCCGAGUUUCCUGCCCUCUGAAGCUUGCAACAAUUGAUGAAGCAGAAAGAUAUUUAAGAGGCGAGUUUCCAUCUGAGCUGUCAUCCUAUCACCACACUUCGCUUCUAGGAGUAUUCAGGACAGCCACGAGUGAAGCCAGGGAAGCUUUCGAAGAGGCAGGAAACAUCUUAAGUGGCCAUGUAACGAUGGGGAUGUAUUUUGAAGAUGAUGCCUUGGCUUUAUCCCGUAAAUAUGGAGUGUCUCCCCCAGCCCUCCUCCUUGCCAGGGGCGGAGCUAAGAGCGUGGAAAGCAUCCCUUUGUCCAAACAGAGUGCACAGGACAUGGUGCAGGUGAUCAGAUAUGAAUUGCUGGACAUUUUUCCAGAAAUCACCGUGCAAAAUCUGCCCCACUACUUGCAACUCAGAAAGCCCUUCCUCAUUUUGUUCAGUGAUGGUGACAUCGGUGAAAUGGAAAGCGAGGAAAUGCUGAAGCUGGCAAAAGAAAGAUCUCAGCAAGCAUUUGUGGCUUGCUGGUUGAACUUGAAAAAGACUCCGGUGGGACGCGGCAUCCUAAAGGCAUACUUUGCUACCAUGCCUUCACUGCCUGUUCUCAUCUGGGUGAACCUUCAUGUUGGGGGUCAGGUAUUCAAGUUCCCAUCAGAGCAGUCCAUUUCUGAAAUGAACAUCUUGUCUUGGCUGGAGAAGCUAAAAGCAGGACUGGAGAUUCCCAGCAGUACCUUGUCUGAGGAAGACUGGAAACCACCUCUUCCUGCUUACGAUUUCCUUCAGAUGAUGGAGACCGCCACUGAGCUCCCACUCCACACGUCCCACCACCACAGGGACACACUGAAACAGAACCCGCCUGAAAGCCCAGGAGGGGACACAGUCACGGGGGACGAGCCAUCCCAGGAGACCAAGGCGGAGAAAGUGGGGUCCCCUGGGAGGGACCUGCGUGGGACAGCCCCGAGGCUGGCAGCAAGGGAGAAGCAGGGCAAGAGACACAGCGAGCUCUGAGAGCUGGGCAUAACCCUGCCCAGGGCAGUGAAAGAUGUGGGAUGGUGCCCAGAAAACCCUCUCACUUUCCCAGCCCUGUAUGAGCCUUUACAUCAAGGAGAGAAGUGCUUUCAGCUGUAAUUAAUGGUGAAGGGAUAAAACAGCCCCUAAGUCUCGGUGUGAGCUCCCAGCUGCAGUGUGCUGGUCACUGUGCCGUGGCUGUGAUUUCUGAUGUCAGGAAUGUGACCAUGCACCCCACACGCUGGCCCUCCUCGGCCUGCUGUUGGGAUUGCAUUUCACAGCAAGCAGUGAGAGCAGAUCUGCAAGGAAGGUUGCUGUGUGGAAGCUUGGCCCUCCCCAUAG